AUGUCUGAAACCAAAAUCCAACCCAUCCCACCCCAGGAAGAAGGUCACUUCAAUGCAGCACCAAGCCUAAACCCACCGCCAACACCAGCAACAAAAGACUACAAAUUAAACCACCUAGCUCUACGCAUCCAGGACCCAGCCCGCUCACUCCAUUUCUACAUGGACCUGCUAGGCAUGCGAAUAAUCUUCACUAUGAACGCGGGGCCUUUUACGAUCUAUUACCUCGGACACCCGCCGGCAGAGGCAAAGACCGAAGAGGAUAUAAGCGCGUGGGCGAAGAGUACAAGUGAAAUCCCCGUUAUGACUAGGACGAGCGGACUACUGGAGUUGUAUCAUGUGCAUGGGACGGAGAAUGUGGAUGGUUCUGUUUCUACGGGGAAUACACCCCCGCAUCUUGGAUUCACGCAUCUAGGGUUUACGGUUCCUGAUGUGGUGGCUACUGUGCAGAGACUGCGGGAUGGUGGGGUUACGAUUCUUAAGGAUGUGGGUGUUUGUUCGAGGGAGACUGUGCCUCUUUCUGAGUGGGAGGAGGAGAGGGGGAUUGGACGUGGUGCGAUUCAUGGGAAUUAUGCGUGGUUUUUUGAGAAAUUUGCUAUGGUUUCUGAUCCGGAUGGAUAUACGGUUGAGUUGAUUCCUCAGAGCAUAUGA